AUGUUGCCGACAAUAGAUAAUGAUGCUUCCAGAGAAACUCCGUUCAAGAAAAAGAAAGUGCACAAGGAGAACUCUUCUAGAGAUAGUAAAAUGAAUUCUUCCGAAGGGUUGAGAUUAUGUUUUUUGACGCUGCUCGUGUUUGUCGCUUCUUCAAUGGUACUCACAGUUGGCAUGGUGAGUUUAACAGGAUUGCUCGGCUCAUCGCAGAAGAAGUCUUUCCGGCGUUCACUAGCUCCAGACAAUCAUAAUUAUUCUACUCAAAUUGACGGCAAAAUCAAAAGAAUUGACUUGGGCUCUGUGGCGUCUGGUGGUUAUGAAGGAAAACUGCAUUUUCGCCCCACCAAGCAGAAAGAAAUUAACAUUGGAUACAUUCUCUGCCUCAAUGGCGGUAGUAAUCGAGAUUUUCUUCUCGAACAAUUUAUUGCCUCUGCAAAGAGCGUUUUGGCAUUCUCGAAUCGUAAAGUCAAUUUCCGCAUUGCGACAAACGACGUUGAACAAGUCACUGAUCAAGUUCAACAAAUUUUCCCCCAGGAUGCUCCAUUUGAAAUUUCGUUUGACAUCAGGGAAGAUCUAACGCGUAAAGAAAUGGACAUUCUGAAAGAUGUUUUGAAAUUCAAAGGCUGCGGGCAUCUCAAGGUAACUUUUCAUCAAACUUUUAGCGAUUUAGACAAAGUCCUGCUGAUUGACGCUGACACGAUAUUCCUACGCCCAGCUGAAGAGCUAUUCGACAUCUUCGACGAUUUCGGAUCGGAAGCAGCUGUUGGAAUGGCAGAAGAGCAUCCUUGGAACGAAAAAGGCUAUUAUUCGCACAGACCAUACGCUCAUAAUAAACUUCUCAAGUCCGACUAUCGCACUCCAGUUUCAGAAGACUCAAACAAUUCUUUCGAAAAAGCACUUUUGGAAUCGAUCAGCUUUCAUCUGCUCCCAAGAGUGCACUAUCUUGCUGAUCAAUGCGCGAUGAACGCGUUGUUCAGCGAGAACAAGGAGAAGAUGGCGAUUCUGCCCUGUGAGUGGAACCUGCGAUCUUGGGGUCUCAACACAUGUACCAAAGAUGAUUGCUACUGCAGUGCAUUGUCGGAACCGCGAACAUGCGCUUUGCUACAUGGACAAGGGAGUCAAUUCACUGCUCAAGCUAACCACAUUGGCUUUUACACAGUUUGGAAGACAAUUUUCGAUUUCAGCUGGAAUGAGCUGUCUAAUAGGAAUCUGCUGCUUACCUCGAUUCGUCGAAAUUUGCUGAAUGUAUCAGACGAAGAUAAGAAAGCUGACCAGAGUGGAAUCGAGAUUCUUCAAAAGUGUAUUUGA